UUGAGUAUUUUAGUUCUACAUGAAACAUAUUUUGAAAGCGUUUAACAUGGUACAAGUAACAAUUAAAACAUUAUAAAUUCUUAGAAUAAAAUUUGAUGAUAUUAAAAAAACGGCGGAUGAUUUUAUAAAGUGGGCAAAUCGGCAAUUAGAAGAAAAAGGUCUCGAAUCUCAAAUAGAAAUCAGUUUACUACAAAAAAGACUGAGAAAGAAAAAACGAAUGCCGGGAGUAAAUGCUACUGAUGAGGUUAUUUCUGAUCCGAACGAAGCAUUUAGAAUAAAUAAGUUUAAUAUAAUCAUUGACACAGCUGUAUCGAACUUAGAACGUCGCUUUGAAGAAUUCAAUAAUCAACUAUAUGCAGAUCUUGCUUGGUUAGAUCCAAGGAGUUUCAAUGAAAUAAGAGUCAGUGGAUUACAAGCUCCAACACUUGAAGUACUUUGCGAAAAAUUGAUUUCUUUCGAGCCAGAUAUGACUGCUGAAAGUUUGCGAAACGAACUAAUUAAUUUAGCUACGCAGUGUAACGUACUAAAAAGUACACAUUUAGAAGAUUAUUCUAUGAAUUUUGAAGAUGACGACAUUGAAACGUUAUCAGAUAAUGAACGUGAUGAAGCUUUUGAAAGAGAAUCGAAGAAUAAGCACGUUUCAUGUAAAAAUUGCGCGAUUUGUUGUUAUCGAUUAUUGAAUAAGUAUAAUUUAUUAACAGGAAUAUUCCCUCUCAUUGGUUUAGCAUAUAAAUAUAUGCUAACGCUAUCCUUCACUCAAGUAGCUUGUGAAAGAUCCUUUAGCAUUUUAAAAUUUAUAAAAAAUCAACUACGAAGUACCAUGACACAAGAAAAAUUAGAAGCGUUUAUGCUUAUGUCAAGCGAAAAAGACAUUGUACAAGACAUUACUCUGGAAAUGAUAAUAGAUGGUAUGGCACAAAAAAGUUCAGUGUUUCAGAAAUUAUUAUUGUAUUAAAAAUAAAUCAGUUUUAAAUUCGAUUACGAUCUAUGUGUAAAUGAUAUGUUGUAUAAACUUAACCUAGUCCAGCAUUUUCGACAUAGAACAUUUUUUUUUAGUAUUUUGAGGGCCGGUAGUUUUGAAAUUCCCGGGCCGCCAACGCACCAGUCCGUCCCUGCUCGAUAUUUGAUAGCCAAAGCAUUUAAUUGGGACUGCAUACGUGACAUUCCUCAAAAGUCUGUUAAACAUAUACUGGGGGGUUAUUAUAAAGUGUAAUACUUGAGGAUAUAGGUUUUAUCACUAAUGAUUUAUCACUAGGGAUUUUAUAUAUCACCGUGAAUAAGAUAUUAUUCAAAAUCUCUAGAAUGACAUGGGUUGCUAAGAAGAGAAGGGUACUUGAGAAAAAAGGGACUACGAAAACGGUCUCGAGGUGGAGUUGGAUGCUUUGGACUUGAAAGUCCUGAAAGUAUUGGGGCUUGCAGUAGAUGAAACUAAAAGAAGCCAAGCUACACGUAACUCUCCAGAAGCCAGUUGCUCUUGGGCAGAUUUGGAUUUCACAAUUAACUCAACAAAAGGCAAAAAAAAAUGUCAACAAAAGAAACACUGCACCGAAAAAAAAGCGAGAUGAAGAUUCAAGUUCAGCUCUUGCUGCACACAAUGAAUAUGUGGCAAAUAUAUCUGAGAGUUUGAAGUCUGUAGCGCGAAACCAACUUGAUGAAAUGAGAGUUAUGUGCGAAAACCACCGUCGUACAAAUUCAUUGCUCGAGGAACUCAUCUCAAUACUAAAAAACUAUUUUGCUGUCAAUCCUAUAUCUUCUACAUUAAAUCAAGAAAGUUCUGUUCAACAUGAAUCAGUUGAACGUGUUGAGAGAGUCGAAGAUGAUAUUCAACCUAUGAGAUCGCCAUCUCCAACAAAUCCUGACCCCAUCAAUGAAGUUGAUGAAAACGAAGAAAUAGAAGAAAUGGAAAUACUUGAAGAUGAAGUUGACUUUGAAGAAAUUAUGCGCCACAACAAAAAAUCAAAGUAUUAAAUCUUCAUUGAUUUUUUUAUGACAUGCUAAUCGAUGCAGCUCUAUUUCAAUGAUAGUUUCAAAGUUUUUCAUGGAGGGUUAUGAUGUUAUAAUUUUUUACUUUCCCUAGUGGAAAUGAUAAAUGUGAAAAACUGUGAAAAUUUGUGAACAAGUGUGAAAGAAAGUGAAAGCGUGUGAAAAAUCAAAAUUUUAUAUCAACAUUUGGAACAUCACUAACGAGAACAUUGUCAUCAUUUUUUACAUUUUUUCACAGUUUUUCACAUUAUUUAACAUUUUUACACAUUCAGAAUUUCAACAACAAAAAAGUGCUUUUUUGUUGUAACACUUAGGCACAGUUUUACACAUUUCCUCACAAUCGUUCACAUUAUCCCACAUUUCACAUACAUUAUUCUUGUAACACGUAUGCACAAUAUUGCACACUUCCCCACAAACGUACACAUUAUAUCACAUUUCACAUAGGAACAUUUUUAGGAACAAUUAAAAUCUUUUUUUACACUACUUUGCAUAAAAAUAUACAUUUUUUUUUUACAAAAUAAAGUACUUUUAUUGGUAUUCUUACAUUACAUUAAAGCUUCGUUUACAUUUGAUGUAAUUUUAUAUGAAUAUUGUAAGUUUAAAUUAUAAUAUUGCUCACUAGCCUCACAUUACUAUUAUAAAAUAAAAUUAUUUAUUUAAAUGAACAACUUUUUAUAUUUUAUAAGGAACUAAACGAUUUCAGACAAUUAAUCUGAUUCUUCUGAUGGAGACGAUGAUUUUGAUCUGUUUGUGUUCUGAGCGACGGGAUCUCUUUCGUUAUUCUCGACUCGAGGCUCGUCGUUUUCUAAAUCUGAUCUAGAGGCUUGUUCAGAUUGUGAAGAAGGAAAUUCAAUUGAAUUUUUUUCUGUUUCCUUAGAUGAAGAUUUUCUAGAAGGAGUAGUUUUACUUGAUCUGUCUUCUGGAUCUUUACUUCUCCUAAUAGCUGUAAUAGCAUUAUGAUAAUAUGUGUUACAUUUUGCUAAAUUAUGUCUUAUUUGCAGUGAUGUAAAUUUAUGAAUCUUCAUCCAUUUGUAGAAUUCUGCAUCUAUUGCCUCUGUUUUGGUAGGGCUAAGCUGCCUCUGGUCCAUAUUAUCUUUGCGUCUUGCAACACAUCGAGUGGCAAAGUCUUCUUUUCCAUAUAUACCUAGCUACACACAUAGCAGAAAAGAAUUUACUUAUUUUGUCACUUUUCAUUGCUUCUUUAUAGGCUGCAGAGUUACUAAUGUCUCCUUUUUGCAAUUUCAUUAGCGAUGGGCUCUCAGUUUCUUCAUUCGACAAAAAUAUCUGAUCGAAUUCUGCUAGUGUAUCAUCUGUAAUGUGGAUAUUUUAGUUAGAUAUUAGAUUAUUAGAUUUUAGUUAGAUAUAUUAGUCGUAUAUAUUUAUUAGAUAUAAUUGAUUAUAUAAAUAAUAUUACAAAAAAGAUAAAAUAUAAAUGUAUGACAAGAAAUGUUUUAACGCCAAGUAAGUAUAAUAUUAUUUAUUAUUAUGUAUAUUUUAUGUGCAAGGUCAACAGCAAAAUGCAAUGUUCAAAAUUUUAUUUGAUAGACGUAAGUAAUAAAAAAAAUGAUUUUAUUGGCAUAACCUUAUGCAUUUGUUUGUAAUGGAUAGCAAUAAAAUGUGCAGCUUACACAUUAA